CAUAGCCUUAUUAGGUCCUAAUUCAUUCCGUUUAAAUACACCUCACUCAUCUCCAUUUGAACACUCCCUUUGAUCACUCACUACCUUGUUCCUUAACCUUGCCAUGAAGUUCUGGAAGAUCUUGAAGAGACAGAUCGAACAGACCCUCCCCGAGUGGCGCGACAAGUUCUUGUCCUACAAAAACUUGAAGAAACAGUUGAAGAUUAUGUGUCCUAAAGAUGCUAGCACCCCUCCGAAACUGGACGCGUACCAGGUUCAUCACUUCCUUUGUCUAUUACAAGUUGAGAUUGAUAAGUUCAACACUUUCUUUGUUAACAAGGAAGAAGAAUACAUCAUCAAAUGGAAGUUGUUGCAAGAUAGAGUUGACAGAGCCAUGGAUUAUUCAGAUGCGGAGUUGAUGUCAUUAGGAAGAGAAAUAGUUGAUUUUCAUGGAGAGAUGGUUCUGUUGGAGAACUAUAGUGCACUUAAUUACACAGGUCUAGUGAAGAUAAUAAAGAAACACGACAAACGAACCGGCGCUCUCCUUCGCUUGCCUUUUAUUCAAGAAGUGUUAAACCAGCCCUUUUUCGAAACUGAUGUGCUUAACAGCCUUGUGAAGGAGUGUGAGAUGAUAUUGAACAUUUUUUUCGCCAACCACGACGAGCCUUCUUUUCCGUGUUCAUCAACUAAUGGGGAAACUGAGGAAGACGAAGACGAAGACGGAUGUGGCUCGAAUGUGAUUAAGGAUGAAAAUAACGGUAAGCUUAUGCAGGCUCCUAACGAACUUGCUGAAAUUGAAAAUAUGGAGAAUGUGUUCAUCAAACUAACUCUAUCAGCGCUGCGUACCUUAGAAGAAAUUCGGGGUAGAAGCUCAAUGCUCAUGUAUGCGGAGUUUUUACAGAAGCAAGAAAUAGAAAGUAAAGCUUGUGGAAACAAAAGGAAAAGAUAGCACAUGAAUCCGAAGUUACUAUUAGCAUCAUAAUAUAAUACUUGAUUAAAGAGUGAAAAGUAUUUGAAGCAAGAAGUUAUAUACUGUGUUGGAAAUUGUUGAAUCUGUAUCUUGUUACUGAUCAUAAGUGCUCAAGAAGCCACCAAUAAAACCAGC